AGAAAGUAAAUAAUUUCCAAGGUAACAGUUUCUGCUAGGGGUCACUCUUGACACCUCCAUUGAUGACACCUAGCAGGUUGCGGAAUCCAAAUGUUGGCUGGAAUCUUCAUCAUCUUGGGGACACUUUUCCUGAAAAUCAUUAUCUCCUAGGAUUUUUAGGAAGCGACCUCUUGCCUGAAGGAGAGGAUGGUGAAGUAUCAAGAGCAGGGGAAGUGGGCACCUUGAGGAUCGAUGUGCAUAGAAUCCAAUGCGGAGGACUUGCAAUGGAAAGCUUGGAGUUCUUGGAUGAUGUCAUCAUCCUUGGAGGGUUUCAUGUCCAGGGGGCAAGAACUCGAUUUGUUGCACUCCACAUCAGAUGGGAAGCAGUAGGAUGGGAGCUGCAUAGGAGGAAAGAGCAGUGGACAAGAAGGGCGAGAGUUGGGAAGCAGAAUGCCCGUUUUGUGUCAAAUGAGUGUAAAUAGUUAGUGAUGAUAGCCUUAGGGUGAAUCCCAUGAUCGUCAUUCAAUUAGGGAUGGCAAUAGGUCCUACAGGGUUGAGGAAUGCUUUCAUUUGUGGGGAUGAAAAUCUUUGCAAGGAUUUUUGACAGAGGCAAAUUUUGCCUCGUGUUCUCCACCAAUCAUAAUUUCAGGCACAGUUUCUAGAUAACUAAAAAUAAUUUUUUCAA